AUGAUUUUUCCCUUUGUAACUGUAGUAAGAGAAAGUAAAACGAUUCUUUCAGCUGCACUAUUUGAAGUUGAUGAAAGUUUUAACUUUGAAGAUUUACUUUAUCAAGCAGAUAGUGAUUAUGUUUCUGGAGAGAUUGUUAAAGUCGAUAUUCAAAAUGAACAAUUAGUAUCCUCUGCAAGCCAAAUUCCUUCAACAUCCAAUGUUUUUAAUGAAAUAAUGAAUGCAGCAACCAGAAAGAGUUUACCAAAUUUAAAACUGACAACAAAUCGUAAUGACCGAUUAUAUAAUGAUUUGUUGGCACUUUUAGGUAGUAACAAUCUUGAUUGGGAAUAUGGUACACACAAUUCCGUUGGUAAAUCAUUCAUUAAUCAGCUUGUAUCUCUUCUUUAUUAUUUAGAUGACAAGCAUGCUACUCUUAAGCUUCGUAGUCUUAAUAUACCAUCGAUUUUUCUUCAGUUACCAUUAUAUCAGCAAAAUUCUUAUUAUAAAAAUGGUUCACAUCACAAAACUACUUUAAGCCAUAAAGAAUUAGAAUUUUAUGCUGAUAAAUUAGAAGAAUGUGUUUUAGAGCCAUGGGCGAGUAAAGCUUGUUGGGAUCAAUUUGUAACUGCAUCCUUGGAACUAUGUUCGGUAGCUCGUGCAUAUGCUAAUUAUUUAAAAACUGUAAAUCAGCAUGUGCAAAAGAUUCAAUCUGCGUCUUCUCCAGCUAGAAGUCCUGAAAAUGAUAGUACACUUGAAAUGCGACCAUCAUGUUUAUUUAAUGAUAUUCAAGAGAUAUAUGUGCCGGUUGCUGAACAAAUUAGAGUAACUGAUGAAUAUGAAAAGAUAUAUAUUUGCGAAGGUGUAUUACGUCAUUUAUAUCAUAAUUUAACAGGAGACUCUAGUGCUUUUGAUAAUGCUCGUUCUGAACAAGUUGAUCAAAGAAUAAAGAUGGUACUUGAACUUGGUAAUCCUGAAAUUAUUAUAGAUUUACGCAAAAAUAAUGGAUUUAAAGAAACUAAAUUUAACGAAUUUUGA